UCAACCAGCACAGUCACAGUGUUCCAAGUGGUUCCAGUAACAACCAAUCAACAAAUCAUCAAAAUGAAGGUCAUCGCCGCAUUCGUCCUCUUCACCGCCGUCGUCGGAGCCCUGGCUGACUACCCAGCCCCACCACCACCGAAGCCAUACCACGCCCCACCCCCACCAGCGUACCACGCCCCGGCUCACCACGCUCCAGCUCCACACCACGCCCCGGUCGUCCACACCUACCCCGUCAAGGCCCCGGCAGCCAAAUGCGGCGCUAACCUGCUGGUCGGAUGCGCCCCGAGCGUUGCCCACGUCCCAUGUGUCCCAGUGCACGAGCAUGGCCACCACGCCCCAGCACCACACUACUAGGAACACCAAGUUGAACCGCUGAAACGACGACGACAGACACGGGUACGGAUACUGGACCACGGCAAGGAACAACGAGCUGACACGGUUG